UCACGUUCUACAGUUUUGUUCUCUUCUAGCUCACUAUACUCUCUCUCUCACUCUCUCUCUCUCUCUUUCUCUCUCUCUCUCUCUCCCACAGCACACGAAAAUGGCUCCCAUGAGUCUUCCCCCAGGAUUCAGGUUCCACCCAACAGAUGAGGAGCUCGUAGCUUACUAUCUGGAUCGAAAAAUCACAGGUCAAACAAUUGAACUCGAAAUUAUCCCAGAAGUUGAUCUCUACAAGUGUGAGCCAUGGGAUUUGCCAGAUAAGUCGUACUUGCCGAGCAAGGACAUGGAGUGGUAUUUUUACAGCCCAAGGGACAGAAAGUACCCGAACGGGUCAAGAACAAACCGAGCAACAAGAGCAGGUUAUUGGAAGGCAACCGGAAAAGACCGGGCGGUUCACUCUCAGCGGCGUCCGGUUGGGAUGAAGAAGACCUUGGUUUACUACAGAGGAAGAGCUCCCCAUGGCAUCAGGACUAACUGGGUUAUGCAUGAGUAUCGCCUCGUUGACGACUCUCUUGGUGGCACUGUUUCCUCUACUUUGAAGGAUUCUUAUGCACUGUGCCGAGUCUUCAAGAAGACAAUUCAAAUACCAAAAUGUAACAAAGAAGAAAAGCCAGACAAUAAUAGUUCUACUACAACUACUAAUGGGAGAACUACAGAGAAGGAAUCAGCAGCUAUAGUAAUAAAUGAAUCCAAUAUUACGGUUGAUCAUCAUAUUUCCAGAAGAGUGGAGAAUGAAGAUGAAUACUAUCCCAAUAAUAAUAAAUUUCUUUCCGAAACUUCUUCAUCAGAUCUCACUCAGGGCACGCCAACUGAAAAUGGUGUCUUAGACGAUUUUCAGGCUCCUUUUGCUUCUGAUAAUGAAGCAAAUAGUGCUGCAGAUUUGUACUCUCUUGGUGUAAAUUGCUCCAAUCUUGUUCAGGAAAUGCAAAUGCCAAGCUAUGAGAGCCUUUACCAACUGGCUUAUCCACCCUUAGAACUAGAUGACUUCCCACAGAUCAACUUAGAAGAGAUGAAGCUAAUGAAGCCCGAAACGACAGAAGAAUGCAUGUCGUACGAAAAGUUCAGGGAUUACAUGAAUGGAACAGUUGAAGAGAUUUUCUCUAUAUGUUCUUCUUCGUCUCAUCACGAGGAAAACUCCGCUAAUGCUCUCUCUAUGCAACAAAAUUAAUAAGACUGACAGCAUAAACAGUUCACUGACAAAGAUAACUUCUCGUACAAUUAUAUUUUUCAUAUAUACAAUGAUUUAUUGACACACAAUGUUAGAAAUCAAAUUGUGUGGGGGCUAUAUUAAUAACCAAGCAAAAAAAAAAAUGGUUGUGGCUUAUUUUGCAAGCCACACAUUAUAGGCCAAUAUACAUAUAGUGUUCUUCAACAGACUACGUUGAGUAGAAAAAGGUAUACAAUCGAUUUUUUUUCUUCUUCUUUUGUAUUGAUUUUACUGGGUUUUGGAAUUGGUUGGUGAGAUGGUAAAUUUUGAAAACAAAAGGAAAAACCUAUUCAUGUAACAGUGUUCUUAUUUUAUUUUAAUUUGUUUUGUGCGUCA